CCUCCAUCCGCCACCACUGACCUGCCGUCAUGUCGGAACGUAAAGUUCUCAACAAGUAUAUCCCGCCCGACUUCGACCCGUCUCUCAUCCCGCGGCGCAAGCAGCCCAAGAAUGCCCAGCAGGUUGUCCGUCUUAUGGCCCCGUUCUCUAUGCGGUGUAAUACAUGCGGAGAGUACAUCUACAAGGGCAAGAAGUUCAACGCUCGGAAGGAGACGGUAGAGGGGGAGGACUACUAUGGCAUCAAGAUAUUCCGCUUCUACAUUAAAUGUACACUAUGUUCCGCUGAGAUCACCUUCAAGACGGACCCGAAGAACACCGACUACGCAGCUGAGCAUGGCGCCUCGCGCAACUUCGAGCCAUGGCGAGAAGAGCAGGCCGUGGAGGAAGAGGACCGUCUGGCGAAAUUGGAAGAGGAGGAGAGCAACCCUAUGAAGGCGCUUGAGAACCGCACGAUUGACUCCAAACGCGAGAUGGACAUCCUCGAUGCGCUGCAGGACAUCAGGGCGAAGAACGCACGAUUAGAGCGGGUCGGGCAGUCAGCCGAUAUCGCGGCGAAGCUGCACAUGGAGGAAAUUGAGACGGAGGAGGAUCGGCAGAAAAAGCAGCUUGAAGAGGAGGACGAGGAACUGGUUCGCCGUGUGUUUGCUAAGAUUCCUGCGGAGAAGCCUGAAGACCCAAGUGCCCCUGUCAUAACGCUCAAGCGUAAGGCCGAUGGUGAUGAGCCGAGCGUUGAUAGCCUUGUCGCCCCUUCGACUCUGGCUUUGGUCAAGGGUAAAGCACCCCUGAUUGGUGUAUCGAAAAAGAGGAAAGGGGAUACAAAGAAUUCCUUGGGUAUAAAAGUGAAGCAUAAGAAGGUUACAGCAUAAUAUUGGUGUUUGAAGCUGUGUCUUAUGUAUAGUUACCAUAAGUUAUUUGCAUUCCUGUUUAUUAUGUCUAGGAAUGGCCAUUUACUGCAUUCAAUAUUCAUG